AUGGAGCAUAAACCAAAUGUUUGGAACAUUGGUUUGGACAUGAAUUUAUUAGCUGCAGCCUAUGCUGGUAUAAUAUCAUCAGGUCUUACAUAUUAUGUACAAGGAAUUGUGAUGCAAAAGAAAGGACCAGUUUUUGUGACUGCUUUUAGUCCUUUGAUGAUGAUCAUUGUAGCAACCAUGGCCACUUUCAUCCUUGCUGAAAAAUUAUAUCUUGGAGGUGUUAUUGGAGCAAUUUUGAUCGUAAUAGGACUUUACUCCGUUCUAUGGGGCAAAAACAAAGAAAACAAAGAGAUUGAAGCGGAAACAAAAACAGAAAGAACGGAGUGUUGUGUAAAAAUUUGGAGGCUUGUUAUGUUAAGGGUAAUUGGGUCUUCUUUUAGGAUGAGUGUAUAUAUCAGUAUACUGAUUAUUUAG